UCUCAAAAAAAAAAGGAGAGGAGGGGGAACAGCCACAGGGGGGCAGGAAGGUGAAAAUGUCUCGCCGGCGGCGGCAGGGCUCCGACUCCGACGGCGAGGACGACAGCUUCCUCUACCGCUACCCGAUGCCCUCCUCCUCCGCCGGCGCCCCCUCCAGCGCGCCCGCGUCGGGCGGCCGCGGCGGGGGCGGCAGGGGCGGCGGCAGCGGCUCGGGCGGGCUCGCGCCGUCCAAGUCCACGGUGUACGUCUCCAACCUGGACUUCGCGCUCACCAACUCCGACCUGCACACCCUCUUCUCCCGCUUCGGCAAGGUGGCCCGCGUCACGGUCCUCAAGGACCGCGAGUCCCGCCGCAGCAAGGGGGUCGCCUUCGUGCUCUUCGUCCGCCGGGAGGACGCCGUGGCGGCGGCCGCCGAGAUGCACGGCAAGGUGCUCAACGGCCGCACCCUAGCCGCCUCCAUCGCCGAGGACAACGGCCGCGCCGCGCAGUUCAUCCGCCGCCGCGAGUACCGCGACAAGUCCCACUGCUACGAGUGCGGCGGGGAGGGCCACCUCUCCUACGAGUGCCCCCGUAACCAGCUCGGCCCCCGCGAGCGGCCGCCGCCCUCUAAGAAGUCGCGCCGCGGGGGCGGGGCUGCUGGUGGCCGUGGCGGCGGCCGCGGAAGCGGGGGCGGGGAAGGGGACGGGCCCUCCUGGCAGUCAGACGAGGACGACGACGCCGUCGCCGCGGCGUUCGAGGACGACAGGUGGGCGUCGGUGGUGGACACGCGGGGGGAGGAGGAGAAGGCGGCCGAGAAGGAGGGUAGGGCCAAGGCCAAGGCGGCGAGGAAGGAGAAGAGGAAAGGCUACUUCAGCGACGAGAGCGACGAGGACGAUGACUGAGCUUCAGCAUACACGUGAAUGCCAACUGUGCGCUUGGCAUUAUAAACAUGGUCUGCCUUCUCUCUGAAGUAUAAACAACACCAUUUUGGCUUAACCUGCAUGGCCAUCAUUCAGAUUGAAGCAGCAUGAAGCCCCCUCCCUUCAAGGCCUCAACUGUUUUAUGCUGAGCUUGGAACAAGAUCAAUUAUUAAGAUACGGCAAGACUGGGUCGUUCCUUGUGGUUUCAAGGCAGUUGGCUGGCAGGCUUAUUGCAGGCCUGACAGAUUUUACAAUGGGGGGCACUUGAGGUCACUCUGUUAUUCUGCUCGAUGUAUUAUUGACACUUGGAUGUGAGAUCAUCUCGUUCUGUCAUGCUGCUAACUUGUGAAGACAAGCAUCCUGUUUUCAAGGAAUCAAUGAUUUGGCACCUUUUGUAUUGAAGAUGACCUGAUGUUGAGUCUGAUGGAAAUAUUAUUGAGAAUAAUGGCAGGCCACAUCCUUUAUAUGGUUCCUGACCCUUGGGUUCUUGGCAUUUAAUUUGACAGGCAACUCUCUGUUGUCAGGAAGGAUCUGUAGAUAUCCUCGUCUGGAGGAGCUUAAGUUAAACAUCUGAACUUUUGAAGGAUGGCUUCCAGCUGUCUUCACUUGGGAUUUGGUGAUCUCUUGGAAUUUGCAAUGGAUGUCUGUAGGUGGGUAACAAAAGUUUAACAUGUCUUGGGGCGAUAUCCUUGAAGGCAUGAGGAGAUGGCUAAACAAUCAGUGACAAAUCCAGCAGAGAAGUAAAUCGUAGUCUUCUUUUUUGGAAGCAAUCUUAGUCAUUUAAAUGUUUGCUACUUAUGUAGUAAUAGUUGCAUACCUUGUACAUUUAUCAUUUGAAACCAUCCUCUCAGUUCUGGAAUACAUUCAUCGUCUCAGUUAUAGAAUACAUCUAUCAAUUG